GAACGAUAAUGAGGCCGGGUCUGUAUCCAAGCGUUCAUAGAAUUAGGGUUUUAUCAAAGAGAGGGGCUGACACAGAGAGAGGAAGCUAGAGACAGAGAGUGUGUGUGUUCAACGCUCGAUCAAGAUGGGUAUAUCUAGGGACUCUAUGCACAAGAGGCGUGCCACUGGUGGCAAGAAGAAGGCCUGGAGAAAGAAGAGAAAGUAUGAGCUCGGUCGCCAGCCAGCUAACACUAAAUUAUCAAGCAACAAGACAGUCAGGAGGAUUCGUGUUAGAGGUGGCAAUGUGAAAUGGAGGGCCUUGAGAUUGGAUACUGGGAAUUACUCAUGGGGUAGUGAAGCAGUAACUCGCAAGACUCGUCUUCUAGAUGUGGUUUACAAUGCCUCAAACAAUGAGCUUGUGCGAACUCAGACCCUCGUUAGGAGUGCUAUUGUUCAGGUUGAUGCUGCUCCGUUCAAGCAGUGGUACCUUCAGCACUAUGGUGUUGAUGUUGGCAGAAAAAAGAAAGUAGCAUCCAAGAAGGAGUCUACAGAGGAGGGUGAAGCUGCUGCUGAAGAAACUAAGAAAAGUAACCAUGUGCAGAGAAAAAUCGAGAAGCGCCAGAAAGAUCGCAAGCUUGAUCCCCACAUUGAAGAGCAGUUUGGUGGUGGCCGAUUGCUGGCUUGUAUUUCUUCUCGCCCUGGUCAAUGUGGCAGAGCUGAUGGGUACAUUCUGGAAGGUAAGGAGCUGGAGUUUUAUAUGAAGAAAAUCCAGAGGAAGAAGGGAAAAGGUGCUGCUUAAUUGUAGGUUUUCAAAUUUCUAUAUGGCUUUAACUUGGAGAUUGGUACCAUUCAAGAUGAUGUAAGUUUUGGAUGAUACUGUUGGUCCAUCACCGUUAGGAUGAUGUCCUAGGACAUUGUUAGUGUAAUCGUUUUUUUGGUUUUAUGCCAAUUUCAUCAAAAUUUUGCUUUUUAACUGUAUGCUACUGAUAAUAUACAUUUUUCGUAAUUUAAUAUUUUGCAAUCAAUGCUGGAUAAUGGCC